GCCUUCGGAAGCAUGAUAGGCGAAUUGGGCCUGCAGUACAAAACCCAAGGCGUGCAAGCGUAUGCGCUCAUAGCUCCUAGCUAUCGGCCCCCCGCUCAACAUGUUUUCCGUCACCUCCAACUGGGUAGAGCUUGCGGUUGCCGCGGGCGCAGCGGCCUUCCUGUACUCUCGUCUCCGUCGCCCGUCGCUUCCCCUUCCCCCCGGUCCCAAGAAGCUGCCGCUUCUGGGAAAUCUCCACAACAUACCUACCAAAUACGAGUGGGAGCAGUACGCUGAAUGGUCGAAAGAGUUCGACUCCGAUAUUCUACACCUUGAGGUGCUUGGGCGAAACAUCAUCGUCCUCAACUCGUUCGAGGCAUGUAUCGAGCUACUGGAAAAGCGUUCGAAGCUCUAUUCCAGUCGACCGAUUCUCGCAAUGCCAUCGGAGGUUAUGAACCUGGAUUACAAUGCAAUUCUCGUUCCCUAUGGUGCGUGUAUGCGCUCUCGGCGUCGCCUCAUGCACGGCAUGCUACACGAGAAGGUCGCCAAGCAGUACGAACCCCUCGAAAUGAAGGCGUUGCACGCGUUCCUGCGUACGAUGCUCAACGCGGGUGAGGACGACCUGGCCCCCGAGCUGCGACACAUGGCGGGCGUCGUGAUUAUGGGCAUCGCGUACGGGCUGGAUGUCCGCACCAAGGACGAUGUAUACGUCGCUGAGGCGGUCAAAGCCGUACACAUCCUUUUAGAAGUGACCCAGCCAGGGGCAUACGCGGUCAACGCCGUUCCUGCCUUGAAGCAUAUUCCAGAGUGGCUGCCAGGCGAGUCUCGACAACGGCCUUCGCGGUCGCGCGAGUGGCGCAAGGUGCUAUACGAAGUCAUUGAUCGACCUUUCCAGAAGGUCAAGCAGAGUAUAGUACGUGCUUCGAUGCGCCCAAUCACACCCUCGUUCACGUCGAUGUCGCUUGAGCAGGGAGUCGACGAGGACGCCAUCCGCGAUUCGGCAGGAACCCUAUACAACGCAGCAUCCGAUACGACGCUGGUCACCCUCUUCAACUUCACGAUCGCCAUGCUCGAUAAUCCUCACUUCCAAAAACGCGCGCAAGAUCAGUUGGAUGCCGUCCUUGGGCCCUUGCAGCUACCAGACGGAUCUGUCGGCCACAUGCCGGAGUUUUCAGACAUGGAACGCCUGCCAUUCAUUACAGCGCUCAUCCAGGAGACUAUGCGGUGGAUGCCAGUGGCGCCAGAGGGCGUUCCUCAUGCGUACUCUGGCGAAGGCGUGGAUAUCUACAAGUCAUACGCCAUCCCUCCCGACUCGGUUGUCAUUGCGAACACCUGGGCCUUGGUACACGACGAGACCGUCUACCCAGACUCGUAUACCUUCAAGCCCGACCGCUUCCUAGAUGCCAACGGAAACCUGGACCGCUCUGUGCGCGACCCAGGGGACAUAGUAUUCGGGUUCGGACGCCGCAUCUGUCCUGGACGCCAUAUGGCCUACUCGAUCGUCUGGAUCACUGUUGCCUCUAUGUUGCGCGUAUAUAACAUUGAAAAGGCGAAGCGGCCGGAUGGGACGGUUAUUGAGCCUCCGAGGGAGUGGGAAUCGUCCCUAGUCUUAAAUCCGAAACCGUUCAAGUGCAACCUAGUUCCGCGUAACGCGGCAGCCGUGGCGAUGAUCAAUUCUACGGAAAGGAUGGAUUACUAUGCCUGAGAGCGUCGUGACUCACCUUGGUUGCGAAUCUUACUGUCGUCGUUGGUCUCUGGCUUACCG